AUGGGAGGUCCUAAUCAUAUUCUUGAUCUGGAAUUGCAUAGAACCGUUGCUGAGAUCUUUCAGCAUGGUACCUGGGAUGUUCGAUAUUUGAAGCAAUUCUUAAAUGAUGAGCUAAUCUCUAAGGUGUUUUGCGUUCCUGUUGCUUUGGAAGAUAAUACUGAGGAUAGGAAUGUUCCCUGGAAGAAGAUUUGGGACUGGAAGGGUCCAGAAAGAAUCAAGACUAUGAUGUGGCUGGCUUUUCUUAAUAAGCUUCCAGUUAGGAGUCGUACAUGCAAAUGGAACGGGGGUCCUAAUUUUUGCAUUAACUGUCCAAACAGUGAAGAAACUCUUAUUCAUGUCCUUAGAGAUUGUUCUCAAGCCAAAAGAUUAUGGAUAGAUUGUUUUCGAAGGCCAAGCAAUGAUAAGCGUGUCAUUUUUGAUUUUAUUGCGCAUUUAAUUGAAGCUAGAGGUAAGAAUAGAAGCAUUCUUGGAAGCUUCCCUAAUACCCAUCAGCCUACUAAAUGGUGUCGUCCUGAACCUGGUCGAUUGAAGAUUAACACAGAUGAACUCUGGGGUAUCCUCAAAGGUUUAGAGCUGGCCUGGGGUACUGGUGCUAGGAGAGUGGAGUUUGAAUGUGACUCAGAAAUUGCUCUUAGCACUAUCCAAGAAGGGAGCAACAAUCACAGAAACUCUCAGGUUGUUUCCCGUAUUCACAAAUGGCUUGCUGAAGAUUGGGAUGUUCGUUGGGUCCACACCUUUCGAGAAAAUAACAGAUGUGCUCACUGGUUUGCUUCUAGGCAUUUUGAGGAUGAUAAUAAUCUUAUUGUUUAUCAUUCUCCUCCUUCUUCUUUGUUAGAGCUCUUUCUUCAGGAUGCUUCUGUAGAUCUUUUAAGUUCUCGCGUCGUGUAA